GGAAGCUGAUGUUCCGUGCGGGGGCUGUUGAGCUGUCUCUGGGUUGUUCCUCCUUUUGCUGUUUCAUACGAGUUGCUGUUUUGAGUCUCCCCUUACAUUCCCCUUCUCUAUGUAUACGCAAAUCUUGGGUGUAGCAGCAAAGGUGUUAAAUGCAAAGGCAGUGGGGGCGUGUUACUGACAAACGUACCUGAAAGCAACUCGAGUGAACUUCCGAAUUUCUAAAGUUCAGUACUGGGUCCCUGUCUUCCACAGCAUUGCCUGGCUUUUCCCAAGUUCAGAUAGGCUGAAGACUGUGAUUCUAGAACAAAGUGUAUUGAACAUGAGCACACUUCAAAAAAUAUGUUUUUUAUUGAGUCAUUUUUGGUAGGUGUAAGGGGGUGGUGUUGGAGGAAGCUGCCUAUUUAUUCACACUGUAAGAGUCAACGAGUGGCUGGUAAAUAUGAUGCAGUAAGACUGAUGUGUAAUCUGGUAUUAUUGUAGUGUUCAAUGUUUAAUAGUUGCCUGCAGGUGAUUCAGAAGUUAUUGGGAGUGAGAAGAAGAAAAGAAGCUUGUAGGUGUGUUUAUGUAAAUUAAUUUGGAUUUUGUUCAAGUAGCUUCUUUUCUAGUUCUGAAAUACUAUCCACAUUGUUCUGGAGUGGAAACCAUACAGCAUUAGAAAGUUGGGAGUUCAGAUUUCUUUUCUUUUCCCUCUCAGAAAUGAAGACCUUGAAAGACUUCAUUUUUAGAUUUGUGUUUGCAAAAUUCACCUUUUGUGCUAUUCCACUGAAUGGAGUUGUAUAGGUUUACACCAGGAUACAAAUGUAAAGGGAUCAGAAGUAUGUAUUGGGGAUUCUAUUGAAUUUCUAACCUGGGAUUUCGUUAUCUAGUUUUAGAGAGUAAUGCUCUAGAGUCUGAAUGCAAUUUGUAAGAGUUAAUUAAAAGGCCACUCUUUCUGUUUAUUCUAAGUGUCCAUAUCAAAUUGGGAGCCCCUGGAAUGUUUAUUUGUGGUAACCAGAAAGCAUGUUGUGAAGGGAUAAUCAUGGGUCAGACAGGAAAGAAAUCUGAAAAGGGACCAAUUUGUUGGCGGAAGCGUGUAAAAUCGGAAUACAUGAGACUGAGACAGCUCAAGAGGUUCCGCCGGGCAGAUGAAGUUAAGAGUAUGUUUAAUUCUAAUCGUCAGAAGAUACUGGAAAGAACAGAAAUCUUAAAUCAAGAAUGGAAACUACGUAGGAUACAGCCUGUACACAUCAUGACUUCUGUGAGCUCAUUGCGUGGGACCAGGGAGUGCUCUGUUACCAGUGACUUAGAUUUUCCAAAACAAGUCAUCCCGCUCAAGACUCUGAAUGCUGUUGCUUCAGUACCCAUAAUGUAUUCUUGGUCUCCCCUUCAGCAAAAUUUUAUGGUAGAGGAUGAAACGGUUUUACAUAACAUUCCUUACAUGGGAGAUGAAGUUCUUGAUCAGGAUGGAACCUUUAUUGAAGAAUUGAUCAAAAACUAUGAUGGAAAAGUACAUGGAGACAGAGAAUGCGGCUUUAUCAAUGAUGAGAUAUUUGUGGAGCUGGUAAAUGCACUUGGUCAAUAUAGUGACGAUGAAGACGAUGAUGAUGGAGAUGACAAUCCUGAUGAGCAAGAUGAAAAACAGAAAGACCGAGAAGGCAGCAGAAUGGACAAAGAGAGCCAUCCACCUCGAAAGUUUCCUUCUGACAAGAUAUUUGAAGCCAUUUCCUCAAUGUUUCCGGACAAGGGUACAGCAGAGGAAUUGAAAGAGAAAUACAAAGAACUCACAGAGCAGCAGCUUCCUGGAGCUCUUCCUCCUGAGUGCACACCAAACAUAGAUGGACCAAAUGCAAAAUCUGUUCAGAGGGAGCAGAGUCUACACUCCUUUCAUACGCUCUUCUGUAGGCGCUGUUUUAAAUAUGAUUGCUUCUUACAUCCAUUCCAUGCAACUCCUAACACUUACAAACGGAAGAAUACAGAAACAGCAAUAGAUAAUAAGCCUUGUGGGCAGCAUUGUUAUCAGCAUCUGGAAGGGGCAAAGGAGUUUGCAGCUGCUCUGACUGCUGAGCGAAUAAAGACACCACCAAAGCGCCCAGGUGGCCGCCGAAGAGGAAGACUUCCAAAUAACACCAGCAGGCCAAGCACACCAACAAUAAAUGUGUUGGAAUCCAAGGACACAGAUAGUGACAGGGAAGCAGGAGGAGAAACUGGAGGUGAAAAUAAUGAUAAAGAGGAAGAGGAGAAGAAAGAUGAAACAUCCAGUUCUUCUGAGGCAAAUUCCAGGUGUCAGACACCAAUAAAGAUGAAGCCAAAUAUUGAGCCUCCUGAGAACGUGGAAUGGAGUGGUGCAGAAGCUUCGAUGUUCAGAGUUCUCAUUGGCACCUACUAUGAUAAUUUCUGUGCAAUUGCUAGAUUAAUUGGGACCAAAACAUGUAGGCAGGUGUAUGAGUUUAGAGUAAAAGAAUCUAAGAAGAGGAAACACAGGUUAUGGGCUGCUCAUUGCAGAAAGAUACAGCUGAAAAAGGAUGGGUCAUCUAAUCAUGUUUACAACUACCAGCCAUGUGAUCAUCCUCGUCAGCCUUGUGACAGCUCAUGUCCUUGUGUAAUUGCUCAGAACUUCUGUGAGAAGUUUUGUCAGUGCAGCUCAGAAUGCCAAAACAGGUUUCCUGGAUGCCGUUGCAAAGCACAGUGCAAUACUAAGCAGUGUCCUUGCUAUUUGGCUGUACGAGAAUGUGAUCCAGACCUCUGUUUAACAUGUGGAGCAGCUGAUCACUGGGACAGCAAAAAUGUUUCUUGCAAGAACUGCAGCAUUCAGAGGGGAUCGAAAAAGCAUUUGCUGUUGGCACCUUCUGAUGUGGCAGGCUGGGGAAUUUUCAUCAAAGAUCCCGUACAGAAGAAUGAAUUUAUCUCUGAGUACUGUGGUGAGAUUAUUUCCCAGGAUGAGGCUGAUAGGCGAGGGAAGGUAUAUGACAAGUACAUGUGCAGUUUUUUAUUCAAUUUGAAUAAUGAUUUUGUGGUUGAUGCAACACGCAAGGGUAACAAAAUCCGAUUUGCAAACCAUUCAGUAAAUCCGAACUGCUAUGCAAAAGUUAUGAUGGUUAAUGGAGAUCACAGAAUAGGUAUAUUUGCUAAGAGAGCCAUUCAGACGGGUGAAGAGCUGUUUUUUGACUACAGAUAUAGCCAGGCCGAUGCACUUAAAUAUGUAGGCAUUGAAAGAGAAAUGGAAAUCCCUUGAUACCAGCUACCUCUACUGCUGAACAGCUGCCUUAUCUCCAGGAAUUUUCUAGUACUGUGGGCAAUUUAGAAAAAUGAUGCAAUUUGAAAUUCUGAAUUUGCAAAGUACUGUAACAGUAAUUUAUAGUAAAUUUCAAAAUCAACUUUUUAUUGCCUUGUCACCAGCUGCAAAGUGUUUUGUACCAAUGAACUUUUGCAAUAAUGCGGUGUGGUACAUUUUUCAACCUUGAAUAAAGGAUACUUGAACUGCUU